AGUUUCCCUUGCAUUGGCAGUCAGGCCGUGUGACACCGUCAUUGUCGGUUCUUAGGCAUAACCAAGCGUGGUGGAUUCGGGUCCGGCGUGCGUCGAAGGAAGACUGUUGCUCCGAUUCCCUUGCUGGCCAACUCCUCUGUGGAAAAGACAAGGGCCACCCAGCGAAGGAAGUUGGAGGCAUCGCAGGUGCGACCGACACCUUCGUCCGCCCCCCCGCUCGUUUCAAGACGCAAACGGGACCAUGGUGCCGGAGGCGAAUGCCCUCCUCGCACCUCACAGUUUUGCCCAGCUGGCAGAUGAUGCAUUCAGCGAGGACCUCUACGAAGCGGGCCUGCACGUCGUAGACGACAUUGCUUCACAGGGCUUCUACCCCGACUCAUCCCUCGUCCGGCAUGUAGCGGCCAUUGCCCUCGUCUCGACUUGUCCGCCCCAGCGCAGCAAGGACAAGACCAACAGAUCGAAUCUCGCCAGGCCCAGCAACGAGGCCGCGCUGGCGUCUACGGCCAUUCUCGCCCGUCUUGCGCGGCUGCUCGAUGUCGACGUCAUUCUCGAUGCCUUUCCGCCGUGCUCGCGGGCUGCUGUACGUGGGGAUGCGUCCAGCAACAGCAGCAGCAGCAGCACCAACACAAAGGGACGCAGAAGCAGCGGUGAAGGCAGCGAGGAGGACAGCGCGGGGAUGAGCAGUCGGACGAAGAUGCUUGCUGACGAGUACGGGGCAAAGGAAGACGUCUGGGAAGUACUGAGGAUGGAGGAGCUUGGGAGUAUCAAGGUGCACAGCAACAGCAGCACCAAGAGCAGGACGAGGGAGGGGGAAGAGGCCGGCGUGCGAUCCAGGUUCAGGAAGAGGGUCCACAAAGAGGGACAUGAAGAGGAAGAGGAGGAAGCCGGCUCUAGCGCUUACGAUCGCGAGGCAGUCUGGCGGAUACUGGACGUGCUUGUCCAUUGCUGGAGGGGACAGAGGAUGCGGGUCGAAGCAGGGAGAAGAUCGUCGAGGCUCUCGCUGCAUCUCGCGCGACAGUUUCCCAGGCCGAGGAGUAGUGCGACGGGGAAGCGGCGUAGAAAGCCAGAUGGGCACGAAGGGGAGGAUGACGAGGGGAAAGAGGAGAAAACGGCUGUUGCAUCCACCGAAGUAGGGGAAGCAAUCGACGUCGUCGUUACCGGGCUUAUGCCGCGGUGGACAAGAGAGAGGGAGCAGAAGACCAGGCUGAGCCGAAAGGCAAAGCAUGCGGAGAGGCACAGACGAGCAAAAACGGCAACGAGGCUGCUCAUAGAGGUGGGUACUGCCCUCGUACACACUGCCUCAGAGGUGGCCCGAGCCCUGACCACCCCAUGCAUACACAGCUCCUUCAUCUGGGCCGACUCGGCCUGCUCGACAAAGACGCCCUCGUCCGGCGCACGGCCAUGAUUCUCGACGAGGCUGACGACGUGGCCAUCGAUGUCAUUCUUGAUGAGAUGCUUGCAGAGACCGAUGCAGCCGUCGAGAACGCGUUGAUGCGUGCAAUCACCCUAUACCUGGUUCAGACGGUGAAUGUGAAGACGCAAGCUGCCGACUUUCGGUCU